GAUCAUGGGCUGGGCUUUGAAUGAUAAUGCUCAUUGGGCUUAUCCAUAACACAGAUGACGAUAAAAGGAAAAGGACAAAUUGGUAAAAGUACAGAAGCAAUCCAGUUGACUUUUCAAAGAAAGUGGAGCAGUCUUCGAAGCCACGUUUCUGCAACCUCCAUUGAUGCAUUCGCUGCACCUUCUUCUUAUUCAUUCAAUCUCACCUCUCACUCUUCCAAUUCAAGCUAAUUUCUUCUCCAAAUUCCUAAACCAGAACAGAGGAAGCAAACGAAAAAUCGGUAUCGAUUUUUGGCAGAUCGGUCUCCGGUGAAACGAUGUCGUUCGAGGAGGAGGAGGCGUUCGAGCACACUCUCCUGGUAGUGCGGGAGGUGGCGGUCUACAAAAUCCCGCCGCGGUCGACCUCCGGCGGCUACAAGUGCGGCGAGUGGCUCCAGUCCGACAAGAUCUGGUCCGGCCGGCUCAGGGUCGUAUCGUGCAAGGACCGGUGCGAGAUCCGGCUCGAGGAUCCGAACUCCGGCGAGCUAUUCGCCGCCUGCUUCGUCUACCCGGGCCAGCGCGAGACCUCCGUCGAGACCGUCCUCGACUCAUCGCGGUACUUCGUGCUCAAGAUCGAGGACGGUCAUGGAAAGCACGCCUUCAUCGGGUUAGGGUUCGCGGAGAGGAAUGAGGCUUUCGAUUUCAAUGUGGCUCUGUCCGACCACGAGAAGUACAUCAGGAGAGAGCACGAGAAGGAGGUCGCCGGCGGCGAGGUCAGCGACGAUUCUCACAUCGAUAUCCACCCCGCCGUUAAUCACAGACUGAAGGAAGGGGAAACUAUUCGGAUAAAUGUGAAGCCCAAGCCGUCGAGUGGGACCGGGAUGCUAUCGGCUGCUGGGCUUUCCGGCACCGGAAAGCCAAAAACAGUGGGCCUUUCGCCGCCGCCGGGGACGGGGAAAAUCAGGUCUCCAUUGCCACCGCCUCCCAAUGAUCCAGCUGCUGUUCGGAUGACCUCUGGAAAUCAUGGUGUUGAUGAUCUCAAGGUUCCCAAGGAAAACACGAGUCGGAGCAGUGAUUCUUUGUCAGAUCUUUCUCCACUUGAGAGGAGUCUUCCUUCAGCAACAGGAUCUGGCUCAACAAAGACCACCGCAGCCGGAUGGGCAGCAUUCUGAUUGAGGGAUCAUUUGUUCAUUGUUAUUGAGUUCAUGUCUGAUGUUUUACAUUUUUUACCUCUUUUUCUUAAAGGAAAACAAAAAAAUGGAAUAUAUGAGAAAAGUGAGAAAGUAUCAACUACCAAAUACUUAAUAUCUGAAAAAUAAUUGUUUUGUGCAAUAUAUUUAUAUGCUUCUUCUAUCCUACCCGGUUCUUUCUUUGGGUUUGGGAUGCUGACUUUUGAAUUUCCAGAGUUCGUAAUAUCAUGUAUCAAAAUUGUGAAUAAGUAAAUUUGGUUUGCCUUA